AUGCGCUAUCGGGAGGGGCUCGCCUUGCUCCUCAGCACAACGAUGGGCUGGAAUCCGCUCGUUGCGGGCACAACCACGUGGCCCUCAACCUGCUCGGACGCGUCAUCGUUGGCGUGGCAGGCCACUUGCCCGGCGCGCACUUUGAACAACACCAACUACGUGUCGCCGACCGGAAUGACGUCCGCGGAGAUUAACUCUGAUGAGCCCAACGCCGUCGUGGCCUACAAGACGGCUCGUCAAAGUGCGCUCAAGUUGAGCGCCGUCGCGGGCAACACGGCGAUGGCAGGGCUUCGCAAGAAGAGCGACAGUUGGUACAAGGACUCGUUGGUCAAGUUCACCACGUACAUCUGCGUCAAGUCCUCGUCCGACGCUGAGCUGGAGCGCUGCGUGGACUCGUCGAGCAGCGACGCGGUGCGCGACAUCAACGGCAAGUGCGUGGUCAUGCUUGACGCUGACUCAUGCAACACCAAGGGCAAGUGCGAGCGCCGGAGCAACUGCAAGUGGGAUGACGUGGUGGUGAACGGAACGGAGACCCGUCGCCAGCUCUUCACCGACGCUGAUGUCACUGCUGCGACCAAGUGGAUGUCAACAGGCUAUCCGAGCUCGUUGGCGCCGUUCGUGGCUCCCGGUACCGUCAUGGGCGUGCUCACAGCGCUGGGCUGCAUCGGCUUCGUCGUGGCUCGGUGCAUGUUCAACCAAUGCGGUGGCCGUGAGCCGAACGAGAAGGGCUACUCGCGUUGCGAUAUCAUCGUCCCGACGCUCACCUUCCUCGUGUGCUCGCUCGCAGUCUUCAUCUGCAUGGUCAUCACUGCUGCUCUGAACACCAACAUCUCGGAUGGCGUCGAAGGAGUGCUGUACUCUCUGAAGGCCACCCUGGAAAACGCCAACAUCUUCGUGUCGAACCUGCUCGUUCCUCUGAACAACGCCACGACCGAGCUUACUGCUGCAAUGAAGGCGACGUUCUGCUUGGCAUGCCCCGACCGCGUCUGCGGCUCACCGGUUACGUUCUUCGUCAACAACAGCGCCGCUGCCAUCACGGCCAGUAGCGACAUUGUUGGAGAUGCGGUAGGUCUGCUGUUCAGCUCGCUCGUGAGCGGAAGCGCUGAUCUCGACGCAACUCUGCGCACUGCGGCGCGCGACAUUGCGGUCUUGGGCGCCACGACCAACAGCUCCAUGGAUGUCGUGGAUGUGCUUAGCAGCACGUUCAACAACUUGUCCUUCUCCCGCAGCGCUCUCGUGGUCUGCGUGUUCUUCUUCGGCAUGAUCGCGUCGAUUGUUGGCAUCAUCGCCAUUGUGAAGAAUGCGUGCACUGCCAAGACGACCCAGUGGGUGCACUUGCUGCACGUGAGCUGGGCUCUCGGCGUGCUUGUGGCUGUGUUGAGCUUCGUCCUGUCAGCGUCGCUCCUAGCUGUCGGAGCGGUGUGGUACGACUCGUGCCAGUACAUGAAGGUGAUGCACCAGGACAUGUCUCCCUACGCAUCGACGCAGAUGUCCGCAAUGGCGAACGCCUGCUUCAAUGGCAGCAACAUCCUGGCGCCGCUGGGACUUGAUGUGCCGUUGUCGUUCUCGUGUAACGUGGAAGACGAAUACGCCGUUGUGCAGGCCGUGGAUACGACGAGCGUGCCGACCAUUAUUUCGACUUACGGCGAGAUCGUCUCCAACUACGACCUAACGGACUUCAGCUUCAACUCGACGCGCUCCAGAAGCCUCGUGUCAACUCUUGCGACCGCAGCCGAGAAGGCGAAAAUCGCGCCGAAGGUCAAGUUCACGACAGAGAACGUCUUGACCCCGUGGUUGGCGUACAACCUGCCUUCAACGUAUUACGCAAGCUGCGCGAACUCGGCCAUUGAUGAUCUUCCCGUGUGCUACAUGAACGAGCACUGUGACUCGGGCGACUCCGGAAGUCAGCUCCAAGCUGCUUGCCAGGUCGCGUUCAGCGACGCCUACCAGUACAUGCUGGCCUUCGACAAGGCGAGCACGAUGCUGGACGAGAUGCGCGAGGCGCUUCUGGGCGACACGGGCAAGACCUUCCCCGAGCAGUGGAACUACUCGGUCUCGAUCAGCGAGUUCGCCACCAACUACUUUACGAAGAUCACGGCUCUGAAGACCGGCCCGAUUUCCACGAUGCUGGGAGAGAACGGAGCUGUGCGCAACCUGCUGACCUCCGUGGAGCAGACACGUUGCUCGGGCGAUUGCUCGUGGACGAACCUGUCUUUCGACGCCAUCAACGAGGCGCUCUGCAACGACGUGCUGGGCACGACGCUCGCCAUCUCGCUGUGCGCGCUGUUCCUGAGCCUGUUCCUGCUGCCGCUCAUCGUGUCGGCCAUCAUCCUCCAGAAGCGUCUGCGCGGUGUCGCCAAGGGCACGUACGACCAGCUGGAGGCGCGUCUGCAGGAGCUGGAGCGCCGUGCCAAGCAGCAGAAGCAGGAGAGCGAGGGACUGGCCCCUGGCGGAGAGGGCGCCAAGCCGGCGGGCGGUCUCAGCGCGCUCGGCGGCCUCUUCAAGGGCAAGAAGGUCCAGUCGCCGAGCACCUAA